AUGAGUCCGUGUGUGAGGCGCUCCAGGAGGAGUGUCCGAGUGUUUACACGAGUCAAACCGCUCCUUGUGCGUGUGUGUAUUCGCGCGUGUGUGUGUAUGUUUGUGUGUGAGAGAGAAGGAGAGAGAGAGUGUGUGUGUGUGCGUAUGUGUGUGUAUAUGCGCGCAAGCGCGCGCGCGUACGUGCGUGUGUGUGUGCGUGUGUGAGAGCGAAUAUGCCGUCGUUGAGGGAUUGUUGUCACUUCUGCGCGACACAGUGAGAAAUACACACGAAGACCAAGAGGAGCGGCCGGUGUCCAGCUAUGGGAAGCCAAAUAACGCGUAACGCCUUGUAUGAUUCCCUAGGUGGCCCGUUCCCUCCAUCCACUCACCGAUGCCACCAAAAGGCAAAGCGCUGUUUGCCCCUACAGCCAUGUAUGGGUAUUUCAGUCAGCCCGCUGCUCUUCCACCCCAGUGCCAAGGGCUCACAGAUCAUCAUGGACGUGGCUCAGAGGACGGUCAAAAGACAGGCCAGCUUUUGCAAUGCUAUCACCUUCAGCAACAGACCAAUCGCCCUGUACGAACAGGUCCGCCUCAAGAUCACGAAGAAGCAGUGUUGCUGGAGCGGUGCUCUGCGUCUGGGCUUCACCUCCAAAGACCCAUCACGCAUCAACCCCGACAGCCUGCCCAAGUACGCCUGCCCAGACCUGGUGUCUCAGAACGGUUUCUGGGCGAAGGCACUGCCUGAGGAGCUAGCCAAUGAAGGCAACCUCGUCGCCUUCUGGGUGGACAAGAAAGGCCGCGUCUUCUACAGCGUUAACGGCUCCAGUCCCAUGCUGUUUUUCAGUGGCGUACGCACCACCGAUUCUCUAUGGGCACUCAUCGAUGUCUACGGCCUGACUCGAGGAGUCCAGCUGCUCGACAGUGAGAUCGUCCCUCCAGACUGUCUCCGUCCUCGCUCCUUCACUGCAGUACGAGGCUCCUCGUCCCUUCGCCGUGAGGCCGAAUCCUCCCGCCUGUCUGUCAGCCUCUGCGACCUCAACCUGGCUCGAGACGAGGCCAGACUCCGCCUCCCGUCCGCUCCCAUCCCCUCCUCCCGCCCCAUUCCGCAGAAUUCGCUGAACUCUUUCCUCCCAGCCGCCCUGGAAGGCGAGCUGCGUUUCCACCAGCUGCGUGGCACCCAUGUCAAGGCUGUGGACGAGCAGACGGUGGCCCGCUGCAGUCACGGGCAUGAAGAAGAGGGCACGCUGGUAUUCACAGAGCGUCCAUUACGCCUCUCAGAGACCAUCUACAUCACAGUGAGCAAGUCAAGUCUAGCUCGCUCAGGCUCACUCUCAUACGGUGUGACCUCAUGUGACCCCGCCACACUACGCCCAAUGGAGCUCCCCUCGAACCCAGAGGAGCUGGUGGACCGCAAAGAAUUCUGGGCUGUGUGCAAGGUGUCCUCUUCGCUCCACUCCGGAGACGUCCUGAGCUUCCUGCUCACACAGGAAGGGGAGCUGAUCCUGACCCAGAAUGGUACCAACGCGGGCAUGCAGGCCUGUGUUGAUAACUCCCGCCCACUCUGGAUGUUCUUUGGACUUCAUGGUGCCAUCACACAACUAAGGAUUUUAGGCUCCAUCCACCCAAGUGAUACUCAAGGCUCCUCCAGCCCGAGCUCAACCUCCUCUUCCUCACCAAACUCUCUUGGAGCAGGUCUUUGCAGUGGCAGCUCAGAGCCAACUAUAAAUGCAGGCUGCCCCGGAGCGUUCUGCACAUCUGCCACAGGAACAUCCCCAAACUCACCCAUCCACCUCACCAAGUCCCCCACCUUCCCAUCAUCCUCCAGCUCAUGGCUGGAUGAGUGCUCCAUCUGCUAUGAGAAUGCAGUGGACACGGUUAUCUACGCGUGCGGUCACAUGUGCCUGUGCUACAGCUGUGGCCUGCGCCUCAAAAAGAUGGCCAACGCCUGCUGUCCAAUCUGCAGGAGGGCUAUUAAGGACAUUAUAAAGACCUACCGGAGCACAUAGGAGCUAUAUUCCACUUCUGUAAUACACCAAAUGGUGGCCCAAGAGGGCCAAGACAAAGACACAUAACGAGUCCCUCAUAACAUGGGAAAGAGUCUUCUGGUACAGGGCCAUGCUUCAUGGUUCCCAUGGUGAUGAAUUUGAACCUUAAAGACUCAGGCAUUCAUCUGCAAAAAGGUCUCUUAGAGUUUCAUGCACAAGGCUUUGUUGCUACGGUAACCAGUCGUGACGCUGCUCAGGAAAGGAGAAAUUCUGACUAAAGUGCUCCACAUAAGAGGAAAAGGAGACGCAAAACUGUAAAUAGCCUCAAGCAAAUCAGGAAGAUCCAGGAGUCAUUAAUGUCUGAUAUAUUAAUAUCUCCAUCUUAUCUUCAACACUUUCAACUCAAUUUGAGCCAUAAGAGUCUCGGAAGAGUCUCGACUGUUUGCAGAAGUGGAAAGCUGGAAACCAUAUUUAACAGUUGAAAGAUACAGACGUUUUCCAUCAACCUAUAGGCUGCCAUACAAAACUGACUCUUGCACCAGAUUCAUGUUAAAUAUUUCAGUGUCACAACUUCUGUCUGUGUACAUCUGAGAUUCAGUGAGUCAUAAACCAAACACACAUGUACAGUACACCCCAAGCCUCACGCUCUCAUGCUCUCUGAACUAACGCUUAGCUAUUAGUCCAGAUAGCUUUCAAAUGCUCUGUGCUUUCAAGUCAUUGUUGAUGUAUUGAAUUGAUGAAAGGACCUUCAAGUACUGAUGACAGUACAACGCUGUGUUAAGCAGUGUAAUGUGAAGCCUCAGUUCCCUGCUGAAACCAACAAAUUACAGAUUCUACGUGAGAAGCUGGCACUGUUAGUGCAUUACGGACAUGCCCGAUUAGUCAGUAUCUCAUGAUCUUGAUCUCAUGUUAUUUUACUUAAUCAUGUUUUUUAAAAAAAAAGACCUUAAAUGGGAUACAUUUGAAAUAGAGUAUUAUGGCAUUUUUAAGCUACACAUAAGAGCAGUACAAGCUAUGACAGGACUAUCAUGAGGAUAUAGAACUAGUGUACUUUAAUAACGUACUUUGAACAGGAUCGUACAUUAUAGCGGCAUUGUGAGAAAGUCAAAACUAAUGUUUUUUAAAGUGUCAAUUCAGCCAGUUGCUCAGCUGAUGUUUAUUGUAGAUGUUUGAUAUUUGUAUGGUGAUUGUGGGAAACACUCAUGUGGCUGAACGUUUUCAUCAGAAAUGAGGUUUUGGCCAGAAACCAUCUUUAAGAAAUCAUUCAUGUAUUUCACCAAAUUGAGACGUAAGUAUCUUUAUUUACUUUCUAAUCUCCUUUGGAUCUCUUCCUGUACGAAUCACAGUAAGUACAGAGCCAGGUUAACAAACACAGCCAUAAAUGCAAUAAAGACAGUUUGCCUGAAGCUGUCUAAUGCCUUAAAGGAAGAAAAGAUCUUAUUUAAUUCCAUUUUAACAAGCAUUUUAUACACACUGGCCACAUUAGAGACACAUCAAACCUCUGCUUGAGUUCCCCAAGACCCUGAUUCACACUUCAUGUCUGUUUCUUUCACUUACAUAAGUAUAUGAUGAAAAAAAUACAUGUUUUGUACAGCACACAAUACAGAGAUCAUGACUGUGCAAUGUGUAGUUGCAUAGCAAAGUGUUUGCAAAGUAUGAUACUCAUUUUAUAACCAACAAGGGAAACAAACAGCAGGAUCGUCUCGUCUCAUCCCCCCUUUUUUUUAUUAAGAACGGUUUUGUCGUACUUUACAUCCAGUCGUUGUAUUAGCGUCAUCUUCACUACACAUCAUCAAGUAGGUUGUGGAGUAUACAGUAGUUCCAGUGCACUAAUUUGAUUGGUCGAAUCAAAGUACUUACUUACAUAAUAUCAGCGAGCAAAGCAAACAGUACUCUUGAAUUAAUAUAUGAAAGUUUGUCAGAUAAAGAUAAUAAAAACGAUAUAGUUAGCUAUAAAGUAAAUAUUGCUUCUUCACGAUCUUUCCUUCCAUUAGCAUUUGGCCAUAUUGAGUUUAAAAUGUCACCUGGGUUUAAUUUCUUUAUAUUUACACUCAACAUCGGCACGGCUGUGAUUACCUACGGCACUAUUGUUAUGCGAUAAUACUUAAUUAUAAAUUCCUCUAUAGCAAUGUGAGUUACAAACAGGUAUUUAUACUGAAAACAGGCGGUAAUGAAUAACACGUGAGUCGACUGCAAAUAGGAGCAUCCCGUUGGUUCGGCUGAGUGGUGGGCGUGGUUAAUGGUUCAGCAGCUCUUUAGGAUUAUUCCAUCGAUUAUGAACUGUUAGUCCAUUAGAAAUGACUGCUGAAUCAGUUCACCUGUCAAAAUGGCCGUCAUGAACCUGCUCUGUUUAUGAGAAAGUAAUGUAUCACAUAGUUCACAUCAUGAACACCUAAAACUAUUCGUUGUUGGUGUAGCUGUUUUUAGUACUGUUGUGUAUUUGAUUAGUAGAAACAGGUGAUUAAACACAGGUGAAUAAACAGGCAUGGCUAAUCCACAUUUAAUACGAACAUCAAUUUUGAAUUGAACUCGAAGGAGAAACAGUGAAAUGCACUUACGUGUUUUUCCUUUGUCAUUAUUAAUAUGCUCAAAUCAGGUAAAUAACCCUCUUGUCACUGUAAAUCAGCUUUUUGAAGGACUCAGAACAUGCAAUUUAUAUAGAGACAAAAAUCUUAGGAGCAAAAAAACAGCUUUGAGAUGCUCAAACAAUGAAAAGAUCGUUUGUAAGACAAGGAUGUCAACCUUAUCCAUAAUUCACCAAGUAUCCUCCUUUAUUCAAUGUUAAAUAUAUAUACAAUAUAGCUGCUCGAGGAAACAAGGAGUUUUGAGCUGUAAAGACAUGUAAAGUGGUUAAGGUGUUGGGCUACCAAUCAGAAGGUUGUGUGUUUGAAUCCCAGGUCCACCAAGCUGCCACUGUUGGGCCCCUGUGCAAGGCCCUUAACCCUCAAUUGCUCAGUUGUAUAAAAAUGAGAUAAUGUAAGUCGCUCUGGAUAAGUCUGUCUGCCAAAUGCUGGAAAUGUAAAUGUAAAGGUUUUGAGGAUGAAAGGAGGAGUGAAGAGGAGAUGGUGUAUGGAGGACCAAACAGAGAACAGAAAAUUUCAUAAACUUCGACAAGUCAUUUAGCUUUAAGUUUCACAGAAACCGAUGAUGUGAUAGUAAAGGCUUUUAACGAAUAUCAUUAACAUUCUCAUAGUUUAGCACACCGCCAUGUCAGAGAACGGAUCACGGCCACAUAUCAGGGACGUCAUUAUGAAUACUAGCAUCCAGGGCUAAAGCUAAAGCCAGGGCUUUAUGCUGCCAUAGCAACAUGGUAAAUUAUCAGGCAGUAUACAAUGACGUGCAUAUGGCUUUACAAGGUUUUUACAUUUUGUGUAUAUAUUUAAAAGCCGAGUGUCCUUUUUGGUGUAGUCGAGUCUAGUUAGAAAUGUUUUGUAAUAAUUAUAGCAAGACUGUAGAAAGCCCAGUUUAUUCUUCUUCUCAGAUGAAAAGACCAUGCAAUAUUUUUAUUUUCCACAAAAGAGAGCUGUGUGAUUUGCUUGAGGUUUGGAUUUUCACUUUUAAAUGUUAAUUUAUAAUCCGUGAUCAUGAGCUGAAUUGAUUCUAGCUCCCACUUGAUAUCCGGUGUGUUUCUUCGCUAUGAUACAAAAAAAACAAACAGGAUUAUUUUCUCUGGGUGAUGCUGUAAUAUAUUUCCUGAAACUAGAUGAAAACUACACUUAGCUUGUGUCCAUGAGCUAUGAUUUGGGCUUUUGCAGUGUACAAUCAUAUUUUACAUAUGUUUCUUGUGGGUACAAGAUAAGCACACGGCACUCGGCAACGUACAAUCUUCAGUUUUUGCCGUGAUGUUAAGAAAAGCUGUUUUUUGAAUAAACACCUGUAAUUUAUAAUUGGAGGAAGCACUGCUGCUACACAGCUCCAAAGAACUUGCCUCGAGUCUGAGCUCGAGUUACCGUCUGCAUAAAGUUUGACGUGUUCUUCUCCUGUGUUUGCGUGGGUUUCCUCCAGGCUAUCCUUCCUCUGUUCAAAAACAUGCCACUAGGUGGAUUUGCUGUGCUUAAUUGCCCCUAGUCGUGAACAUGUGUCUGCUUGGUGCCCUCUGAUGGACUGGUGUCUCAUCCAGGUUAUAUGUACCACACCCAGUGGAUAAGUUGGACAAAUUUAAAACCUGACAGAAAUGCUUGAAAGUGCCGUCCUCGUCCUCUAUAUAAAGCUUGUGAUUGUACUUUUCAAUGAGGAUGGAGUUAUGACCUUUGACCACUUUAUGUUGACCAAAUGUAUUAUCCAGUGAUCGAUCCUGCAGUGAAACUGAUUAUUUUAUUUCAUUAUUUUUUAAACCUGUUCUGAUUUGCCCUGUUGUAUUGAAUUCAGUCAAUUUAGAAUAGAUCUGUACAUUAUGAGAAUUGUCUGCUGAGGACCUUCGUGAGAAAACGCCACAUCUACCUUCACUUCUGAUUGUUGUCAACCCUGUCAUAAUGAGUUUAUUCAUGUAGUGUGUGAUGUGUUGAAUGUUUGAGUAUAUGGUACAGACGAUCCCCUUCUUAACAUCUGCAGGAACGUAAUGAUUCAGCUCUUGCAU